AUGGACCAUGUCAGCGCAUCUCUCGAACUCCUUCAUCUCAUCUGCGCAACUUUGAUCUUUGUCCGCGACGUCACGAAAGACACAAGCGGCGUAACUAAUACAACGAACUUUUUAAACGAGACGCUUGUGUUCCUGGAUGUGUUCUCGAAUGUCUGCUUCAGCGACUUAACCGGAGUUUUACGCGACAGUCGUUUACAUCGUAUCUUACCAAGUGAUGUAGAGCACUCUCUUUACUCGCUCAACAAGUCUCUAGCCGCACAUCGGGAGGCGUGGAGGUACAUCGGCAAGAGUCCCACCCCCGGUGCGGGGCAAAGAAGCAUUGAGGAUCUGAAGCGCGGUCGUGCUGCGUCACUAGAUGUUCAGCAUGAAAAGAAGAGCUGGAGAGACGAAAUGAAAGAACGCUCGCAACUCUGGCGGGAAAAGGCGCGGCCAGGGCUAUACAAAGCAUUGUUCGGAGAAGAGGAGAUGGCCACACUCACCUUGAAUUGCUUGCAAUGGACACAUCGGCUUCGUCAAACUCUGGAAAUUGUCUUCCUUGGCAUCGGACCUCCGGAUCCAGGAUUCGGUAAUUCCAGGCAGGCUGCUAUUCUUGGCGUGGCAGAACAACUCGAACGCCAGCAUCGAGCAGGUGCAGAACCUUCGGGCGACUAUACUGCGCUCGUUGGCGCGCUCAGAGAAACGAUCAGCACUGGGCAGCCAUCGCAUGGCCUUAUCAAGACGAUAUACGAUGACGGUGGAGAUGAAGUCGACGUUCUUGUUGAAACGCGAUCGGACGACGAGACGCCUGCUGAGUACAUGUGUCAUUUGACGUGGUUGCUACAAGCUCCUCAUCAGACUGACGUAUCCGUCAAGAGCGACGCCCAGAACGGCUACCAGCUGCAUACAUUAAGCUGUAUGGGUUUCAUCGAUGAUCCACUCAACAGAAGGAGUCUGAUCAUCUACCGCGCUCCGCAAAGCCAUCCUUGGGCAUCAAACCCACCGUCUUUGUAUGACAUGAUCUCGAAGGGUCCGACCGCGAGACCCUCAAUAGGAAGUCGCUUUCUCAUCGCAAGAGCGCUGACAAGCACACUACUCGAGUCGCAUGCCUCCGGCUGGGUUCACGGGAACGUACAGUCGCGCAGUAUCGUAAUGCUGCCAAGAUCGUUUAACGAUCUCGAGUUGUCUCCCUUCUUUGUUGGCUGGGGUGUCCUCCAACCCCUCGAGGCCACGCACUUCCCGUUGGAGCCGAACCUGUACCGCCACCAUGACCGUUUUGGCCGACCAUCUUCAGAAUAUUCCAACGAGCACGAGAUCUACUCACUGGGCGUGGUUCUUCUAGAGCUUGGACUAUGGCGGACGAUGGCGAAAGUCUUCGCCCGCCGCAUAGAGAAGUUUCCAAUCUUCGGCAUAGUACAGCAGCAGGAUCUCUUUAAUCGUAUACACAAUGCGAUACUAGAUUGGGCCAACAGUACCGAAAUCGAGAGAGAGAUGGGAAAGGCUUACGCGCAAGUCGUGUCAAAGUGUCUUACUUGGCACUAUGAAGAUCCAGUCGAAGGCAUGAUUGAGUUCCGAAAGCAAGUCGUGGACGUGUUGACUACAGGAUGUGGAUUAUAG